CCGGGCCCACUUGGCGCAGGUCGCAGUAGCCGAGACUUAAACAUGGAGGCGGCGGGCGCUGGUGCCGGGGCCACGGCUUCCCGGCUGGAGGCUCCCGAGCCCUUGGAGGACCGGCUUUUCCUGGUUAAAGGUGGAAUUUUCCUCGGGACUGUUGCUGCCGCGGGAAUGCUGGCUGGAUUUCUCACAACAUUAUCGCUGGCGAAAAAGAAAAGCCCCGAGUGGUUCAGUAAGGGAAGCAUGGCCACGGCCGCCUUACCGGAGAGCGGGUCUGCCCUAGCCUUGCGAGCACUGGGCUGGGGCUCUCUUUAUGCUUGGUGUGGAGUUGGUGUGAUCAGCUUCGCAGUCUGGAAAGCUUUAGGAGUUCACAGUAUGAAAGAAUUUCGAAGUAAAAUGCAAUCAAUAUUUCCAACAAUUCCCAAGAACUCCAAAUCAGCUGUUGAGUGGGAGGAAGUGUUGAAAUCCAAAUAAGGUGAGCAUGGGCGAGUUCUACAGCAAAUGUUCCAGAAAGGGCAGGUGUGGACAAGGCAUCGCAGCAGAGGGACUCGGAUGGGCUGCUCCUUAGGGACAUGCGGAACCCCGGCUUCGCCUCAGCUUCCUUGCCAGAGGCCUGGUGACCAACCACGUUCCUGUGUGCUUCACUUUAAAACGGAUUUGAGCAGGAUGGGGGGGGUGGUGAUGGGGGGGUAAGUUUUCCCAAAGUGAGGAAGAUUAUUUAAAAAUCAUAAUGAUAGGACGUUCCUGUGUGAGGAGACCCGGGGUAAAACUUCUGUUUAUGGCUGUAACCUUUGUAACCAAGUUCCUACCUUGAAAAAAAUUUUUUAUAAUCAAUACGUGAUGAAAGUUUUUAUAUGAACAGACUCCGAUAUUGCCGCAUGUCCAAUUACGUGAGUUUCAAGAGCUAUUCUUGUAAGCGUGUGACCAUCAGAGUUUGAUGGACUCCUUCCUGUUAGUAGACUGAAGAGACAGAUGGACAGGCAAAUCCUGGACACCAGGAAGUGGGAGGGGCUCCACUGUGUGGCUGCAGUCUUCACUUUGUAGCUAGCACCUGCUGGUCACCUGCUGGCCUCACCUACAGCCUGUGAAUUCCUACACUUAGGACAUGAAGCCAGUGACAGAUCCUGAUAACUUGAAAAGGUGCAGUUGAGCUAAAGAUGAUGAUGAUGGCGUGGGUAUAAAAUGUACUUUUUAAAGAAGUUGGCUCUGGGUCCCUGAACAUUGACUGACAAUUUGUAGUUCUGACUCAGCUGUCAAAGUAAAAAUAGCCCCGUUGCCACCUAUCUUAGUACAUUUGUUUAAACACAAAGUCACCUGAGUAUUGAGUCUAAAUAUUCUGUGUUUAGUCCUGCCCCCUUACUGAGACUGCAGCCAUUGGGUUCUUACAUACACACUCAAGCCUUGCGUGUCCUCCAGGAUCGCUUACAAAGAAACAGAUGGAGAACAAUGCCCACAUGCAAUUAUUUUUAGUGGAGAUUAAAAUUUUUUUUUUUUAAUUAAUUUUUAUUAAGCUUCAAGUGAACAUUUACCAUUCCAAUCAGUCUGUCACAUGUAGGUUUACAUACAUCUUACUCCCUUCUCCCACUUGCUCUCCCCCUAUUGAGUCAGCCCUUUCAGCUUCUCGUUUCGUGCCAAUUUUGCCAUCUUCCCUCUCUCUCUAUCUUCCCAUCCCCCCUCCAGUCAAGAGUUGCCAACACACUCUCCCGUGUCCACCUGAUUUAAUUAGCUCACUCUUCAUCAGCAGGAGAUUAAAAAUUUUUGAAGAAGAGAACUAUUUUAAUAUGUCAGUAUGUCCAGAGAAAUAACCUCUGUUUGAAUUAUCAAUUGUACAAUUUCUUUAUAAUUGCUUAGGUUCUAAUUAGUCAGGAAUCAGGUUUAAUAAAGUACAUUUGAAAUUUAUCUCUUAUAAUGAAACCUUUAAGUUCUAAAGAAAAAUUUUAAAUGAAAUGUCAGGUGCAUAAUGUAACAUUUUUCUCUAGACCAUGUUACCCUGUUAGCAUCGCUGUAUGGUUAAUUAAACAGGUGUAAUCAGCACCUGCGAUUCAUAUGUAACCUGUUGGGAAUCCAAGACGAAAAGGCAAAGGAUUGUGAAAUUGAUUGGGGCCUGUGAGAUAGCAGAGAACUCUUCACGCAUGUUUUAUUCUCUUAACCAAAUCUUCACUAAGGAAAGGUUUCAAGCCUUUGAAUGAAACAAAGGAAGAAAAGGCUGGAGCCAAACUGAGCAGGUCCUUGUCUGCAUCAUCAGCCUGAGUCCCGGAUGCCCGUCGUAGACGGAACAGGUGCCACCUAAAACCCUUCGCAACCAGGAUUCAGAUGGAGCUUUUCCUUCAGUGGAGGAUGCCUACUGGUUUUUAAAGAGCUGCUUAUGCUACAGCUGCUAACUGAAAGGUCAGCAGUUUGAAUCCACCAGCUGCUCCCUGGAAGCCCUAUGGGGCAGUUGUACGCUGUCCUAUAAGGUCACUAUGAGUCAGAAUUGAGUCAGCAGCAAUGUGUUUGGUUUUUUGGCUUGGUAGGAGAAAGUGAGUGGUGGCUCUCCUGGAGUGGUGAAAGAGACAUUAGGAACAACUGUGAUUCUAUUUAACAGACUCCUGCCCUGGAAGCUCCUUGAGGGCAGCAGGGACUCCUCAGGGCCUGGUGAAUUUGUGAUGGCACCUGCUGCAGGUGCUGCAGACCCAGGACCCUGGGGGUGGGGGCUGGGGGAGAGUCCACACAAUAGGCAAAGCAUUUUGAUAACUAAAACAAACUGGCAAAAACCAAAGAGGACACUAGCUACCUGUGUGAAGGGCACUUGGAGUUGAUGCUAACCUGGCAUCACACCUGGAAAAGCCAUGUUUCUCGUAGUGCUGGAGUCUCUGGGUGAUGCAGACGGUUAGCAAAACCAAAAGGUUGGCGGUUCAGACCUACCCAGGGGCACCUCAGGGGGAAGGCCUGGCAAUCUACUCCUGAAAAACCAGCCACUGUAAACCCUGUGGAGCACAGUUCUACCCUGACACGCACGGGGUCACUGUGACUCAGAAACGACCCCACAGCAAGUGGUUUUAGCGGUUGCUUUCACAUAGCUGCAUGAAGGCGAGCUUACGGUAACACCCCAACUUCCGUAGUUUUCACUGGUUGACUAAGUGACGUGCACCGCCGUGUUUCUUAGGGAAGGGAAAACAGUAACUUUUUAUGCUCUAUUAGGUCAUUUCCCCUGGUUUUGGAUCUAUUUUAGUUUCAUUUUCUGAAAUAUGAAGAAAUGCAAGUUAAACCUAAAAUUUCCAGGGAAAAUAAGUGCUGCUUCAUGGGCACUCACAGUAAUUAGCGGACAGGUGAGGACGGCCAUUCACGAAAGAGACGGUAGUGAUGGCGGGCUGCCGUGCCCUGUGUGCCCCUGCCCACCGGGUUCCCAGCACCCGAGCCACACACCAGGUGGGUGCGCUGGCCCCUCAGGCCCAGCUCGUGGGAAGCCUAAAUAAAUGUGUGCGGGGGAGCGAGCGUCUGAAUGCAUAUGUGUGUGGUAUGUGUAGUGCUUGCUGGACCCUUCCUGUGUACGUUACUGUCCUCAAGUGUUGACAGACACAGUCCCUAGAAUAGAACCAGAUCAGACUCUAGUUACAGUUUAAAAGCAAAAAUGAUGUAACCAAGAUGAAAAAAAAAAAAAAAAACAAGCUGUAUGACCAAAAUGGUAUUUUUCUGCCAUCAGAAUCCUGAUACCAGAAGACUUAGUCAUUCGUCUAUUCCUUUUAUACCAGAGGCAUAUUGUUAAACUGGUUAAUGGAAAGGAAAAGUGUUUAACAGAUACUGUUAUCCUUUAUGGGAAGUACCAUCUGUGGAUUGAGCUCUGAAUGUGCCUGCCUUGGAAGAGAGAGAAUGGUAGGAAUUUCAAGUUUGCCUUCUUUGCUGUCUUCGUCUUGGGGAGUGUAUGACAAACAUAAUCACAUUUAUCUCCUGGAGCAUAAAGAGUUUUAAUCACCCUAUUAACCAGGAUGACAUUUUUUCACAGACUUAAAAAGGAAUAGAACAGACAUUAUCUUCCCAUAAGCAAUCCAUUUUAUGGAGGCUGAGCACUAGAAAUUUUUUAAAGGCUAGGAUAGCACAAGCCCUUUCCCUGUCAUGUCCAAGCCGACGUUAAGGAGGCCUUCACGAGGAUGUUGCUUACACUGCCUGAGCGUUAAGCUCUGCGUUAGGCUCUCACCACGCAGAAGAGCUAUUAGGGAAAGUAGUAUCGAGAAAACGCCACGGGCAGAGAGGGGAGGCUGCCAGGGCCUAAGGUUCCAUUCAAGAAAAAAGGCCACAUUGGUGGGUUAUUGCUGCUCAGUAAAAAUGUAUCCGUGGGCUGCUGUUAAUUUCAGAGUGAGAAAAACGUGGCUUCUGAACAACCUGGGAAAGAAAAACAGGGCCUGGCAGCCUCUCACGAGACGAAGUGGGUUAUCAUGAAACGUGGGAGGGAGUGGCUGCAGAGGCCCGGGAGGGACGUGUCCGCGGGUGACCCCAUUCCAGUGUGUGAACGCAGGCUGACGUCCAUCCAACUACAACCUUCCGUCGGUGCUGGGUUGGAAGGGACACCAGGUCACCUUGUCAGUCACAUCUUGUGUCCGGUUUCAUGGGCAGUACAGGACAAAACUUGGAAAUUAAUCAUUGCAACCUAAGGAGGAAAUAUAAGAAAUUAAGGGAUGGGGACACCCAUGGGGACAAGAGUCAUUAAAGUCCAUUAAAUUUAGUUAUUUCCCUUGGGGCAAAAUGCUAGGUUUGGUUUAUGGAGAAUGUUGUUUUUCAUCUCAUUUUCAUGUCUUCUUUAAAGAGUAAAACACAUAGUCAAGUACAAAUGAAUAUCAGCAGGUGGAAUACAGAAUUAUUUUUUUCAAAUAGAAGUUUCUCCUGAAAGUGAGUAAAGUAUACAUUUUGGUAGCAUUUUAUCCUGUUCAAGUGAGGGGCUUUUCCUCUCUGCCUGAAGAGCCCUACAGUGACGGAGCCACCAUUGGGGUCUUGUGUUGGUGUCUCCGGUUAAUUAUCAAAGGCGGUGGGGGUUUUGUGAGCGUCACGGAAGAGGAAAGCAAGCACCUGUUGCUAGCGGCGACACUGAUCUGUUGCAGCGAGUGAGGCUGUUAGCAAACUGGUUCUGGGUGGCAGAUACUCAGUCGUGGAGAAAAUCACAACGGUGCUGACCAAGAAGCACACACGGUUUCAACUUUUCUGCCCAAGUUCCAAGGGAAGUGAGCUAGGACCUUGUAUUUCCUACAUAAGCCAGGUCAGGCCCCUGGCCCAUUUUCAUUGGAUGAGGCAGUUUUAUGACUUUAUUUAUUCUUUUCCUUCCUAUCAGUAUAAUGUCCAAAAAAAAAAAGAAAAACCACUUACUAAAAAGUGGCCAACAGACUUAAGAGGCAAGAGAG